CCGGCCAGCGGGCGGGCGGGCUGCAGGGGCGGGGAGGUGGGACCGGCGAGAGGGGCGGCCGUGGGGCCCGGCCGGGCUGGGGCGGGGGGCCGCAGCCAUGAUCCGGGCCUUCUCGUUCCCGGUAAGCCCGGAGCGGGGCCGGCUGCGGGGAUGGUUGGAAGGCAGCCUGGCCGGGCUCUGCGAGUUGCAUUGGCUCCGAGAGAGGCAGGAGUACCGCGUGCAGCAGGCGCUGCGGCUGGCCCAGCCCGGGAUGGGGGGCGCCGAGGCCGAGGACGAGGAGGACGCCGAGGAGGACGAGGAUGCGGCAGCGGCGCGCAGGGCCGCAGCGGCCCUGGAGGAGCAGCUGGAGGCCCUACCUGGGCUCAUCUGGGACCUGGGCCAGCAGCUGGGAGACCUGAGUCUGGAGUCUGGGGGUCUGGACCAGGAGAGUGGGCGCAGCUCGGGCUUCUAUGAAGACCCCAGCUCUACCGGAGGCCCGGAUUCACCACCCUCCACCUUUUGUGGGGACAGUGGCUUCUCCGGAUCUGGCUCCUAUGGACGCCUGGGUCCCUCGGACCCCCGGGGUAUCUAUGCCAGCGAGAGACCCAAGUCCCUAGGUGACGCCAGUCCCAGUGCGCCAGAGUCGGUGGGCACCCGGGCUGCGGUGCCUCGCUCCUUCUCGGCUCCCUACCCGACGGCAGCGGGCCCCGAGGCCUGUUCGUCGGCGGAGCGGCGUGCGCGCACGGGGCCCUUCCUGACGCCCAGCCCGCUGCACGCGGUGGCACUGCGCAGCCCACGGCCGAGCGGACGGGCGCCCUGCGGCUCCCCGGACGCCGGGGCGGCCGGCCGGCCCCUGGACGGCUACAUCUCGGCGCUCCUGCGCAGGCGCCGCCGCCGAGGGGCGGGCCAACCGCGUACGAGUCCCGGGGGCGCGGACGGGGGCGCGCGGCGCCAAAACGGCGCGCGCCCGCGGCCGCCCGAAGCGUCCCCGCCCCCCGGGGGCGCGCGACCCGCGCGGGAGCCGUCGACGGAGCGCGCCUGGGCCACGGCGUGGGAGGCGGAGGCUGCACCCGAACCUGCGCCUCCGGCCGCCGCAUCGCCGCCCUCCAGCCCGGCUGAGGGUCGCCUCGUGAAGGCGCAGUACAUCCCGGGCGCGCCUGCAGCCUCCAGGGGCCUUCCUGGCCGCGCCGCGCGCCGCCGGGCUCCGCCGCUCACGCGAGGCCGCAGCGUGGAGCAGUCCCCGCCCAGGGAGCGGCCACGCGCUGCGGGCCGUCGGGGCCGCCUGGCCGAGCCGUCGGGGCGUCGGGGCUCCCCGAGGGCGCGGAAAGCGGCGCGCUCGCAGUCCGAGACCAGCCUGCUGGGCCGCGCGCACGCCGCCCCGCCGCCCAAGUACCCCACGGCCGAGCGCGACGAGCCCCGGCCGCAGCGGCCCCGGCGCGGUCCCGCCGCGCCCGCGCCCGCCGUCCAGGCCUGCCGUCGCUGGCGCUCCACCGCGGAGAUCGAUGCGCCCGACAGCCGCCGCGCCCGGGCCCCGCGCGUGCCCGCGCCGCGCGGCCCCGCGCCCUCGCCGUCCGCGCCCUCGCGCCGGCUCCUGUACGGCUGCGCCGGCAGCGACUCCGAGUGCUCGGCCGCCGGGCGGCCGGUGCCGCUGGGCCGUCGGGUGCCGUCGGGGUGCGGCCCCGGGGGUUAUGGCGAGAGCGAGUCGAGCGCCAGCGAGGGCGAGUCGCCCGCCUUCAGCUCCGCCUCCAGCGACUCGGAUGGCAGCGGAGGCCUCGUGUGGCCUCAGCAGCUGGUGGCGGCGGCCGGGGCCUCGCCGUCGGGGCCCGGGGGUGCGGCAGGCGUUGCGACCCCCGCGGGCCCCGCCAAGGUCUUCGUGAAGAUCAAGGCAUCGCAUGCGCUGAAGAAAAAGAUCCUGCGUUUCAGGUCCGGCUCUCUGAAGGUCAUGACAACUGUGUGAGUUGGGGGGGGCACGGGCUUGGGAAUC